AUGACCGUGGAUUCGCGCUAUGGAUCUAUUGAUUACAAUCGUGAGCUGAAAGCCAUGGCCAAGUUUUCGCACAAACGCUACGAAAGAUGCUUCGUCAAGUCAUUUGGGUGGUACGAGGAGGGUGACCAGUUAUUUAUCGCUAUGGAAUAUCUCGAUGCCGGCGAUCUGUAUACGUUCGUCUACCGAAAGCCACCACUGCCGGAAAUCGAGACGAAGGAAAUCGCCUACCGAAUUCUUGAGGGGCUGGACAUGAUGCACGAUAAUGGAUUUGCUCAUCGAGAUUUGAAGCCCAAUAAUAUUUUGAUCGAGUCGCACCCACCGAAUGUAUGGUGGAUCAAGAUUGCCGACUUUGGGAUUUCAAAACGCAUCGAAUAA